AUUUAUUUUUUAAUUUUACAUCAAGUGGUCGCUCAGUAAAAACACGAAUUGCCACUCCACAGUUGGUUUACUUUUUCUGUGCUAUUCUGUUUUAAAUGCUCUUUUUGUCAAUUGAAGAUUAAUAAUAUUAAACAUGUUAAAAUAGUUAGCUGUGAUGCGCCUAACAGGCUAAGUGGAAAAACGGACCUGUGAAGCUUUGGUACCUAACGGUCGCUGUGCUGUAGCAGGAAUACCAACAAAAGUUUUAUCACGAAGAGGAAAUUAAGUAAUCAAACAGCUCUCCCCAGCGGUUAUAGUGGAGCGGGACGCCGGUGUAAGGGCUGUGGGGAGCGGAGCGGUGUCUGUGAACCUGCCCGGGCUGGUGGAGGAUAGCAUGGCUGGGGGAAAAGGAGCAGGGAAGCCCGUCUCGAUGUGGGACAAUAUGAGGAUACGCUUCAUUGUUUGCUUCUUUGGAGUCUUCGUGUGUUAUUUUUAUUACGGUAUACUACAAGAGACGAUCACAAGAGGGAAUUAUGGUGGAGAGAAGUUUACUUUUGCACGGACGUUGGUCUUUAUCCAGUGCAUCAUCAAUGGCAUUUUUGCUAAGAUCUUGAUCCAGUUUUUUGAAAGCUCCAAAGUGGAUCAUACUAAGAGCUGGCUCUAUGGCCUCUGUUCCCUCUCCUAUCUUGGAGCGAUGGUUUCCAGUAACUCUGCUCUUCAGUAUGUUAACUAUCCCACACAGGUGUUGGGGAAGUCCUGCAAGCCCAUCCCAGUGAUGAUUCUCGGUGUAACAAUACUAAGAAAGAAGUAUCCGCUGGCCAAGUACCUGUGUGUGCUGCUGAUUGUUGGAGGUGUUGCUAUGUUUCUCUACAAACCUAACAAGGCCUCAGCUGUUACUGAUGACCAUAUUUUUGGCUUUGGAGAGAUUCUGCUUUUGGUUUCUUUGACACUGGAUGGACUCACUGGUGUCGCCCAGGACCACAUGAGGGCCCGCUUCCAGACCGGAGCCAACCACAUGAUGCUGAACAUCAACAUGUGGUCCACCCUGGUUCUGGGACUGGCUGUGCUUUGGACGGGAGAAAUCUGGAGUUUCCUGAGUUUUACAGAACGUCACCCCAGCAUAUUCUACAAUAUUCUUCUGUUUGGACUGACAAGCGCUUUAGGCCAGACCUUUAUCUUUAUGACUGUGGUGUACUUUGGGCCUCUGACCUGCUCCAUCGUCACCACCACCAGGAAGUUCUUCACCAUCCUUGGUUCUGUUAUUUUGUUUGGAAACGUGAUGACAGAGAUGCAGUGGAUUGGCACUAUUCUGGUUUUCCUAGGUCUUGGAUUGGAUGCGAAAUUUGGCAAACCCCCUAAGAAGCACUAAAGAACGUAAAAUAUGAAAGAGCAGUAAUGGAAAGCAUUAAAAUAAAAUGUAAACAUACUGUAAUAAGUAAAAUAUUUUCUUAGAUAACUUAUACAUAAGUAGCUAUUUGUGUUUGAUGUAUGGUCAGAAAUUUGAAUGAGUUGUCAAAGUUAGCAGCUCCUGACGAACUGAAGACAAGGGUGCUCUGAUGACCAAGGGCCAGAAUGAAUUAAGAUGAGCUAAAGCUCCUAAAUAUAUCUAAAUAUAUUUUAAAAAAUAAAAAUAAAAAAAACUGCCACCUCUUGUGCAUUUUUAGCAUUUGACCAUAAGUUGGCUUUUUCUUUUAAGAUAAAGGCUGGAAAAUGUUUUCAUCAAAAGAAGUUUACUACUUGGAAAAAAAGGAAUCCAGAAUUUCAGAAAAAAAAUGUAAAUGUUUCAUGUUGUGUCCGAUACUCAUUAAUUGUGUUUAUUUUAUAUGAGAUGAAAACAACUUGUCAUAAAGGGAAA